CACCGCGCAGACAACGAUUUUCCGUUUGUUUGUGUUCACUCCAUGAGUGCUUCAUCGACCUCCGCCUCCCGCAUCGACCCUCAUCCAGCAGCAAACUGACAUCGGACGCUUGCGCAAGCAGCUCUGAUGCUGAUUGGUCCGUGUCGCGCGCGCAAAACUUGGGUUUGUUUUGCUUGCGAUCUAGCAGCUGUGAUCAUCAGUUUUGAUAGGUUCUCAGUAGGAAAUUAAACGUAAAAUAGGUGAAAUUUGUUGCAAAUGGAUUACGAGGACGAUGACCAACACCUUGCAGCCGAGGAUAGCCUUCACAUUUCUCAGGAUGACGAUGAUGAGGAAGAAAUUCCUAUGACAUCCCAACAGUUACUGGAGCAUCUUCAAAAGGCCUGGAUGAAUGAGAAAUUUGCGGUUCAGCUACUACCGUACAAAGAGGAUAUCGUCGAUAUGGUAAUGAGCCAGUUGGUUCACAUGGAGGAAAACUUGGCAACCACGAACAAGAACGAUAUGCUGUACAUCGCCCACCGGAUGGAGGUGGAACGGAUCCGGUACAUAGUGGCCAGUUACCAUCGGUGUCGGCUGCAGAAAAUCGAGGAAUAUGCCUUUCACAUUCUCGAGGAGGAAUCUAAACGGCCAGUGGGCAGCAAACGGUUAUCCCCCGGGGAGCUGCAGUUUGCGACGGACUUCCAUAGCGGUAUGGAGAACCAUUUCUUUCAACUGGCGGUGCGCCACAUGCCCCGGAUCCACCAUGAUGGGGACGAGCAGGUACGCAAAGUGGUUCCCAAUAUAGACAGUUAUGUGUUCAUUCGGGCCAAGGAGAAUGUGGCCGAAUUUUCGAUCAGCGCCAAUCAUGACACGAUCAAUAUCGCCGCGGGGAGCAUCCAUAUGUUUAAGUAUCGCGAUGUGGAACCAUUAGUUUUAGAAGAAAUUGUUGAUUUGAUUUAAAUUUUUGCUCUUCAAUUCAUACGUAUACUAGGA